AUGCCGUCUGCUCAAAGUGCAACUGUCACGGACAUGCAGAGACCUGCAACCCAGUCACUGGGCAAGUGUGGGGAGUGUUUACACCACACAGUGGGUGCGAAUUGUGAAAGUUUGCGCUGCGGGGGGUACUACGGAGAUGCCACACUCGAGUCUGCGACAGCCUGUCAACCCUGCGCAUGUCCACUGACUGUCCCCGGCAACAACUUCAAGCCCCAGUUGUCAUGCAGAGGCAAGACGACUACGUGUGUACUCAGUGUCCACAGGGCUACUUUGGCCGCCAUUGUCAGGAAUUGUCAGGGUAACACCGAGGGCUGGCGAUGUGAGAAGUGUAAACCCCUACAUUACGGUGAUCCAGCGUCCUACGACUGCAAACCUUGUGAGUGCAGUGACAUCGGCUCUGUGAGUGCAGAUUGUCACCCUCAGACUGGCCAGUGUGAGUGCAAGGAACGUUUUGAUGGCAGAAGCUGCAACAGUUGUCAUCCAGGCCUAGGCAACGUGACUGCGGGCUGUGUGCCCUGCAAGUGUGACAGUGUGGGCUCUACCAGUGCUCUGUGUGACCCGCUGAGUGGCUACUGUCCCUGCCACCCGGGGGUGGGUGGUGCCGACUGCUCCUUCUGCCUCCCCCGCCACUACAGGUUCUCUGUGACAGGGUGUAGUGAUUGUGGAUGCAACCAAUUGGGGUCGUUGAGUCAAGAGUGUGACAUAGACACAGGCCAGUGUGAAUGUCUUUGA